CAUUCCGAUCUUCUGAACCUUCUAUCUAUAUACAACCUCCGUUGUCGGCUCUCUCUCUCUCUCUCGCUCUCUAUCUCUAUUUCUGGGAUCACUGGAAGGUUCUGCUGAAUUCCUCAUCAUCUGCAGACUGCAAUGGCUUCCCAAGCGAGCCUUCUUCUUCAGAAGCAGCUCAAAGAUCUCUGUAAGCAUCCGGUUGAUGGAUUUUCUGCUGGAUUGGUUGAUGAGAACAAUAUAUUCGAAUGGAGCGUUACGAUUAUCGGACCGCCCGACACACUCUAUGAAGGAGGAUUCUUCAAUGCCACAAUGAAAUUCCCAGAAAACUAUCCGAAUAGCCCACCAACUGUGAGGUUUACCUCAGAGGUUUGGCAUCCAAAUGUUUACCCUGAUGGCCGUGUUUGUAUAUCCAUUCUCCAUCCCCCUGGCGAUGAUCCAAGUGGAUAUGAGCUUGCAAGUGAGCGUUGGAUGCCUGUUCACACAGUUGAGAGUAUUGUCCUGAGUAUCAUAUCAAUGCUUUCCAGUCCUAACGAUGAAUCCCCGGCCAAUGUUGAAGCAGCUAAAGAAUGGAGAGAUAAGAGAGACGAGUUUAAGAAGAAAGUGAGCCGAUGCGUCAGAAAGUCUCAAGAACUGCUAUGAUCAUUAGGGCUUCACCUCCAAGUUCUCAGGUGUUCCAACUUCAUUAUAUCCUUGUCUGAAACCCCUUCGAAUUGCCCAAACGCUGCUUGUAAUAACUCAAUCUUACAUCUUAUCCCGUUCCAAGAAUCAGUCUUUGGUGAAAAAAUGUUGUUUCCUGAGAAACAGAUCUUUAAAGGGAUUAUCAUAAGCUUUCUGGUGAAAAGCUCCGUUUUCCUUUCCUUUUUUU